GGAAUACAAGAACUCUCGACCAGGUUGAUAGACCGGCGAGGACGAAAAGCUUCUCCACACACGAGGGAGACAAAAGAAACUCCGGAAGAAAACUCUGGGACAGAACUCUAGCAAAACUGACCCGAUGAGGCCGAGUCACAUACUAAAACUGCCGCCGCAGAACCUACUUGGAAGAGUCUCCGCCGCCAUAGGGUUUUUAGCCCGCCGCCGCAGAACCGAUGAAACGGGGUUCAGAAAACCUAGUGAUGUGAUGUUAUUUCUUAAAAAUUUCUAACUUAAUAACUUAUAGAAAUCAACUUUUAAAAAAAAAUCAAAAGUUCCGGUUUCCACGGUUCCUGUUCGGAACCGGUAUCCGUUUUUGAGUCUGUGAACUAGAAUACUUGAUGUGCUGAAGCCUUAUCCGCACAGAUCAUUUUCCAUGGCGGUCUCAACCAUCGUCAGUCUGCUGUCCUUCUCCCCCUCCGACUCCCCAUCACUCAAAGCAUCUCCACUCCACCUUUCUCUCUCCUCGUACCACUCCUCUCCUGUAUAUAAUACAGCCAAGGACGGAUGGGCCCAACUAGUGAAAACCUCCGUCAAUCAACGGUAUACAUCACCGCUGCACUCGUCUCCGUCUGACAAUUUCGACCUCGCGCCCGCGGUCUUCCCCUCCCUGACGCACCCCAACACACUUUACUUAUCGUCUUACAAUGCGGAGGUGAUUGUGGAGGAGAACGAACCAGAGGAGAGGCUGAUCAACCGCUUCCGCCGAGAAGUGAUGAAAACCGGUCUGAUUUAUGAGUGCAGGCGCAGGAGGUUCUUCGAGAACAAGCAGGAGGAGAAGAAGCGCAAGUCACGCGAAGCUGCCAAGCGCAACAGUCGAAGGCGGAGGAGUUCCUUCGAAGAUAAGCGAGAGGACUUUACGAUCAAAAAUGAGAGGGCCAGGGUUAAGGAAGAGGAAGAAGAUAACUGGGAACUACCUGAAGGAGACCUGGUAUAUUGAUUCGAUUUCUUCUCCAUUGAUUCUAGUUUAGGAUCUUUGCUUUUGAAGAGGGAUGAGGGUAUGAUGCUAUCUGCGUUUCCAGAUGCGCUUAAGCCUUCUUUUUUCCUGGGAUUUCUUCAUGCAUAUUUAACUGGUUGCUUUCAAAUUCAAUGAAUAUAUACGUGAGUUGUUGGACAUAUUUAAAAUUGCAGAGAUUGAUGUGUGUGUGUGGCUGUAAAUGAACCAAACUCUUCAUCAACUAUUCGAGACUCGAUUCCUUCUUAAAUCCUUCGUGUCACAUGAACCUAACUAUUGUUGUCCAUUUUAAUUCAUUGAUCUUCGUUGCAGUAUUGCCU